AUGCGUUUCCAUCUCCUAGCUUUCCUGCCUUUGGCGCUCUCUACGGUUCUUCCGCGCGAUGAUGCAGUAGAUUAUGAGGGCUACGAAGCCUUCCGUAUCAACACGCAUGGAGACGGAGGUGCCGUGAAGACCCAGCUCUCCUCCAUCGACUACAAGCAAUGGAACUACCGCGUUGACCAGCAUCUCGAUAUUGCCGUGCCAGCGGAAGAUUGUGCGAAGUUCAAGCAGCUCGGUCUUGAAUGGGAGCAGAUGCACAAGAACUUGGGACAGUCUAUCAGGGAGGAGAAGCAGUGGAAGAAGUAUCCAGGCAGGAAGCCGGACGAACUUCCAGACGACUCGUGGUUCGACAGCUACCAUCCGUACGAAGACCACAAAUCCUUCUGGGAGGACUUACACGCUGCAUUCCCCAAGAACUCAAAGAUGAUUAGCUCUGGUACCUCUGUGCAAGGACGUGACCUCUUCGGCCUAAAGCUGUAUGGCAGCGGCAACCACAACGUUCAGAAGCCCGCUAUCAUCUGGCACAGCAACGUGCACGCCAGAGAAUGGAUCACAUCAAUGACCGUAGAGUACAUUGCCUACCAGCUCAUCGAAGGCUACGGCGGUUGCAAGGGCAGCAAACCAGACGCCGAGGUUCAGAGUCUCUUGGAUACAUACGACUUCUACCUGAUCCCCUUUGUCAACCCCGACGGCUUCGUUUACUCCCAAGAGGUCGACAGACUCUGGCGCAAAAACCGCUCCUCUCCACCACCAGGCGCAAACCAGACCUGUUACGGCACAGACGUCAACAGAAACUGGCCGUGGAAAUGGAACGUUAUCCGUUUCGGCUCCUCGCCCGACCCGUGCGAAGAAGACUAUCGUGGCGAAGCACCGGGUGAUACGCCAGAGAACCAAGGUAUGACCGCCUUCAUCGACAGCAUCGCCAAAGAGCAACCGAUCAAAUUCUACGUCGACUGGCACAGCUAUGGCCAGUACAUCCUCACCCCCCAUGGCUGGUCCUGCAAGAUCGUCGCCGAGAACAGCGAAGAGCAAGUCGAUCUCGCCGAGGAGGUGCAGGAGGUGAUAGCAAGUGUGCAUGGGACGAACUUCACUUACGGACCCAUCUGCGAGACGCUGUAUGCGGUGAAUGGCGGCAGCACGGAUUACGUUUACGACAUUGCUGGGGCAGAGUACUCGUGGGCUUUUGAGGUGAGAGACGAAGGCAAGUUUGGGUUUGUGCUCCCGAAGAGGUUUAUCAGGCCAGUUGGGGAGGAGAUGUGGGAGGGUGUAAAGUAUGCUAUCGCGAACAUGUGA